GCUUCCUUGAAGAAGCCUCAAGAAAUUAUGCAACCAGGAAAUUUUGUUCCUUUUUAUAGUUUUGUCAAAAGCCAGAACGUCCACUUUUAUCUGUUCACCUACACGGAAGAGGACCUGCAGCAAAAAUGUCCCACAACGGUGAAGCGAACACAAACCACAUAAUGGCGGUUAUCUCUCAGGUGGAAGAGUGGUCAUCUCUAAAAUCUCUGCUCCAGACAAGCUGCCAGGAUGAAGGUCAUCAGGUAACCUGCAGUUCUCUGGGAGCUUACCAAGUCUGCAGUGUGACAGUGGAAGAUGAGAUGAUCAGUCUGCACUAUGCAGAUUUAAAAGAAGACAUGUCAGACGAAAGCAUAUGUCAAGCAGUAGAGACCUGCAUCAAGCCCUGCACAAAUGGAAUCAGCUCCUUUCUGCUGUUAAUCCAAGGGGGAUGCUACACCAAGAAGGAAAGAAGACUGGUGGAGAUCCUGCAGGCACACUUUGGACCUGAGAUUUUAAAGUACCUGGUGAUUCUGUCGACAGAAGAUGGAGAAGUAGUGGACACUCUAGAUGACGCUCUGUUGGAUUUGAUAAAUGUGUGCGACGGCAGGUACUGCCGCAUCACAUCAUCUUCUGUGACUGGAGGUCUGCACUCUUUACUUGAGAUGGUCAACUGCACACUGAGUGAAAGUGGCGUUGGUGGCUACACUGAAGCCAUGCUGGCUGAGGCAAAAAGACGCUGUACAGAGGACUCGGCCAUGAAACUGCUCAAACAAAAAGUGGAAGAGGCAGAAAACAAAGAGCAGGAAUUCAAAGAUUUUGUUCAGAUGCAAGAGAACCGCCGAACCAAAGAGAUGGAGGAGCUGAAGGCGAAGCAUGCACGGGAAAGAAAGAAGGAAGCAGCAGAAAGAAAGAAAUAUGAAGAAAAGAGAGAGGGUCUUCAGGAGGCGGUGAUCAGCCACAAAGCCUCACUGCAGCUCCAAAUGACUACCCCUAGUGAUGAUGAAACAAAGGCUGCGUCUGUCAUCCUGUUGGGCCUCUCUGGCAGUGGGAAGUCAUCUGCUCUGAAUCUGAUUCUAAGCAGAGCGGGUAACCAGUACUCGCUUAACGGGUCCACUCACGAACCAACUCAUCCCACCCUGUCCUGUGAAAAGAAGGUUGUGUUUGCAGCAGACAGGAGGCUCAUCCUGGUGGACACCCCUGAGCUGUGGGAUGAAGAUGGAGUUGAAAAUCUUGCAUUGGUGAAAGACUGCCUGGCCUUGGCUUUACCUGGACCACAUGUGUUCCUGCUGGUGCUUCAGGUAGGACGCUUCACCCAGGGAGAGAACAACAUGCUUGGAUACAUGCAGAAGACCUUUGGACGAGAGGUAGCAGAACAUUCCAUCAUCCUGUUCAUUAAUUCUGAAGAAAAUCAGUCCAAACCUCAGCGAGUCGACGACUAUGUUGCUGAAGCUCAUACAACCCUGCAGGAUCUCAUCAGAAAAUGUGGGAGCCGGUUCCACGGGCUGAACAUAACCAACAACCGCAGUGCUUUGAGCUAUCCGCAGGUCAGAGAGCUGCUUUUGGGAAUCAACAAGCUGGUUGCCUCACAUGGAGGGCGACCAUUCUUAACGAAGAGAUUUUCUCCUCAGGAGCUCCAAGAAAGAAACAAAGUGAUUGUGGAGAAGAAAGAGGACAUGUUGGAAAUAAAUCACUUAUUAAGAAGUGAAUAGUUUCCCAUAGAUUGCCUAAAAAAGAAGGUUUCUCAUUAAAAUACCACAAACUGGAUCUACAGAGAACCAUGAAUCAAUGUGUUAAGGAAAUUAAAUACUUUAUUACAAUUCUAACUGCUGUUUUACUUUUCUUUAUGUUUGAAUUCUGUGUGAAACAAGUCUGAAGAAGCUACUCUUUAAUGCACACAAACAACUUUCCACUUCACUCUGGGAAGUUCUUACUUGUUGUCUUGUGAAAGGAAGUGCACAGGGAAUAUCUGGAGUGAUAGGAUUACUCAAAGUGACAACCGUGCAGAAAAGAAUGUAUCAGUAACCACUGUUGUCUUUGUUUAGAAAAACAGCCUAUGGAACGAAAAACAUGUGUACCAACCAUUUUAUUGUGCAAACCUUAGACUCACUUUCCCAACUGUAAACCAGGGCUUCCUGGAAAACUGAAUAAAAGAGGUAGUCCUUUACGGGCAGGCAUACUGAACGCUGUCUGUCAUUGAGCUCUCCUCCAGAGAAAUUGCAUUCUUGUGUCUUGUCUCGUUUAUUAAAACUGUUGUAAUUUCAGAGUAACCUUUAACAGUAUGCCACAUUUCGGUGCUGUGAUAUCUUAUUUGAACUUAAAAGAUUAGGACUAAACAUAAGUAUGUUCAGUCAGAUUUGUUUAAAUA